CUCAUCCGUGAGAUCAGCAUAGGAUUAAUUCAAAUGGCACAAAGAGUCCUGGAGGACUUCAUUGAGCUGGAAAUGAGGUGCAAUGAUGUACUGAGAACCACCACUGCACAGCAGUUCCCACAGAUUGGCAAAAAAGUUAAAAGCUUUAAAGAAAUGUGCUCUGACUACAAGCUAGAAUUCCAACAAAAUUUGGCCAAGAAACUUCCAUCAAUCCGAGGAGGAGAAGAAGAGGAAGCCCAGCUUGCAGAGAUCCUGAAAAAGAGACAUUCUUCACUUUUCAACAGCAAAAACCUGAACGAGUGGAUGGACUGUAAAGACACUGAAAUCAGUAUAUUAAAAUCCUCCACUCAAAAGAUAAAAAACCUUAAAAUCAUUGCAUUGCAAAGUCAUCUAUAUCAAGAAGACCAUGCCCUGUGUUUCAUUUUCACCUCAUUGGGAAAGGAUGAAUCAUACCUCUCAUCUUUAUCAGAGUAUUUAAAUGGAACAAAUGAACAUGAUGACCCUAAAAAUGACUACACUAAUGAAAUACAGGAGGAACAAUGGUACCUUUCAAAAGACGUAACAGAUGAAAUGAGGAAAAAAGCAAAACUCUUCAGUGAUUUUGCAGAGGCCAACAAGGAAAACAAGAACAUUAAGUUCCUGACAGUGGGUUUAACUAAUGAGACACUGGAAGGUUCCAGCAUCUACCUUUAUGAAGGUGGAUUUCCUGUCAGUGAGAACUUUGAGCCUCCUUCAAAGCCUGAAACUGUGACAGCAGCUGACAUAGACCACGACAGUGUGACACUGAAGAUUUGUCCACCCAGAUUUGGAGAAGAGAACAUCACCUCCUACUCUGUUGAGUACUGUGUCAGUGGAGAGGAUGGAUGGCAGCAAAAGACAGAAGCAAUGGCUGAAGAAGUCACAGUGAGAGAUCUGAAGCCAAACACAGAAUGGAGGGGCAGUCCCACAUGUUCUUCCUGGAGCAAGGACUACACCACCCAUGAGGCUACAGUCUGA